ACGCGAUCCUGUGGCCACGCCAUCUGCAGCACGCAAACAAGUGGCUCCUCCCAGUCAUCCUUCUUGCUCGACGUCUCUUCGACACCUCGCUGCUCUUUAGCUUCAGUAUCGCAGUUCGCAGGACGUGAAAAGGUCAUCGUACACUUGCCUGCUCGAGUUCCGAAUUCGCCACAGUAUUACACCAACGGAAGUUUGCAAUGUGUUCUGCAAUGUCGAUUCAGGUCCAAGACUUUUGCUUCAUGUCCAUAGAUGCUUCUUUGGACUCUAAGCAGGAUGAGUCUGACGGAAUGAACUAUGGCAUCUUCUUCUUGGGAAGCGACUCCAGGAGCAACUAUGAUGGACAUACUUCGAAGAAUCAAACCUCACCAAUGCUCCACGAGAAGACUUCUGGAAAGGUUGAUCAUAGCUCGGAGUCUCAUGUGACCAUCUCUCUAUGUGAGGAUAUUUCCAAUUUGCAUGUGUCGUCAUGCGCCGCACCCGAGCAUUUCUUGACUUACAGUGCGAAAUACUCCAAAUAUCGUCCAUUUAGGAUUCAAUCCAGUGGAACUAAGGGAAUUUUGCUUGGCAACGUCAGAAAGGCACUGGAAAAAACUGUUGCCUCAAAGAGAAGUUCCGUGGUGAAGGGAGGCAAACAUGUUCACUAGAAAACUACAUGACCUUCAUUGUGAUUCUCUGCCUUCCCAUUUUUUCCUCCUUUCACACAUGUAUAUGUAUCUGUCCUGUACAACUGAAUUCAAUAAAUUGACAAUUUG